GGCAGACGCUCAUAAUCGAGAACAGGCCGGAAAUGAAAACAAAUCACUGACGGAAGAAGAAAAAUGGAGGCGGCAGUGUUCAUUCUGUCACUUGUGGACUGCUGUGCACUUAUUUUCCUCUCGGUCUACUUUAUUAUCACCCUGUCUGAUCUAGAAUGUGACUACAUCAAUGCUAGAGCCUGCUGCGCCAAGCUAAACAAAUGGGUAAUUCCAGAGAUGGUCGGCCAGUGUCUCUCCACUAUGCUGAUGUUGGUCUCCAUGCACUGGUUCAUCUUCCUCCUCAACCUGCCUGUAUCAGCCUGGAACAUUUAUAGGUAUGUGAAGGUUCCGAUGGGAAACAUGGGCGUGUUUGACCCCACUGAGAUCCACAACCGGGGUCAGCUCAAGUCCCACAUGAAGGAGGCCAUGAUUAAACUGGGUUACCACCUGCUCUGUUUCUUCAUUUAUUUGUAUAGCAUGAUCCUGGCUCUGAUCAACGACUGAAGCUCCCCAGCAAGCGGCCAAAUUCCAAACUCCAGGCUUUGCUGUCCCCCCUCACAUCCUGCGCCUGUACUGUAUGCAUAAAAUCUUUCAGAACAGCAGCGAGAAGUUUACUAUCACUGUGGUCUUACUGAGGUUCACACUUUAAUUUGUGUUGUCAGAUCCCCAGAGUUUUGACUUAAUACAAUACUAAGGUUAAUAUUUAACCAUUUAACACUUCAGUACCAUCAUGACAAAAUCUCCUACAACUAAAGACUAUCUUGCGAUGGGAUCACACCAGCCACAAAGCCAAAUCGGGGACUUAGAGGGGCGACAAUACCAGCGUUGCUGUCGCGGCUGGUAACAACAGCUGUGUUUUAUUGUGAAGGGGAUAAGUAAUGAGUUAUUUUUUCAACAUCUAUCUGCAACACUAAGUAAUUACAACAUCAACACAGUAGCUGUAAGAAAUAUCAGACAUUUUCACUGUAACGUGAGCAAGUAGGCUUCCCGGAGUCAUAUUAUCUAGCUGAGGAAUAUUAUAUCUGAACAUAACAUGGAAUUCUUGAGUGUGUUUUUUCACCAAAGCCAAAUUGUGAAAAAUGCGAAUAGUGCUUCAAACCUUAAAACACGUCUUGUUGUGCCUCCCCACUUUAGCCUUAUAUUGAGCACCUAAAUAUUAUUGCUUUGCUAUUUCUUUAGUCCUAAAGGCUUUUGGUUUUAGGACUCUAUAGCAGUAAACAACUAUUAGCUGAGUGAUGAAGUCACACUCCCUCUAUGUGUGUUGUAAUCCGAGCUUCUCUGUGCUGUGUUUACAUAUCCGUUCUGGCUGCGCAUGCAUGUUAGUGCAUGAGAGUCCUGUGUGUAGCCAGCUAAUGGCUGCUGCUCUGCAACACUUCAUACGGUGGUUACCGCUGAUAACGCCGUCCCGGCCCACAGCGUUGUCGCGGAGACGCAACAGCUACCCUCCUGUUCCCCCUCAGGUUGACGCUUUCGACUCCGUCAGCACUGUUGCCGUUGUUUGCAGUGUUUUGCUGUUAGCACUGUAUGUUGCUAGCCACCGGCUCAUCCUUCGCCAUCUUGAGAGCCGUGUGGAGGCAAUCCCUCCCAAUCAUAGAUAUCCUCUCAAUUCCUAAUUGAGAACUUUUAACGAGCAGUUUUGCCCACUGAACUACCACUCGCUGGAAGUUUUCUGUUCACAACAUUCUCUGUGACUCUAGAGACUAUUACAUUACAUUACAUACAUUACAUCCCAACAAUCUUUCCACGCUCAAAGUCACCUGAUCAGAUUUCAUUUUCACUCUGAUGUCUGGUCUGAACAACUGAACCUCUUGAACAUGUCGGCAUGCUUUUAUGACUUGACCUGCUGUCACAUGAUUGGUGACCGAAUGAUGACUGCAUUAAUGUACCUAAUAAAGUGGCUACUGAGUGUAUAUAUUCUUAUAUUUUGUGCUGUGGUACAGUACAAAUCUGAGCUGCUAGCCCUUUUAUCAGCUUGUGUUAUCAAACCUGAUAUUAAGCAGCAUUACUUCGUGGCUCGGUGGAAGACUUCACACACAUCCCUGUGUAGAUAUGAAGGGCUCAUUGUAAGGUUAUUAAAACACAACAGCUCUUAGUUUCAAAUAAUUAUACUCUAACGAAAACAUAGUUAUGAACACUAUGUCUUUUUCUGCCGAUACCAAUCUGCACAUUUACGUCACCUGCUGUUGAAUGUAGUCUUUGUGCGGUGGUUCUGUGUUCUCGCUCUGAUCCUAUGCUGCUGUUGCUCCUUCCUUCUUCUCAACUUCCCCAGUUAAAAUCAUAUUUGGUCAAAGCAUCAAAAGUAAGAAAUGUUGAAAUCGGAGGUUUGUGAUGGUAUUGAAGUGUAGUGAAAACUCUGUUAAUGUGCACCAGUGAUCCUCAGAUGGCGGAUCACUGAGCCUAUUCUGAGACUUUAUGCAUACAGCCAGGACCUGCCAGACUUCUGGCAUCACACUCCAUCUCUGAUCAGCAACCGCAGCUCAGCCCAUACACAAUAUUUGAUUAAUAUACAUAUUUGCCUCAAUAUGAGUAUGUGCAUGCAUUCAUCACACACAUCUCUAAAUGUGAUCGCCUGAUUGGUCAGCUGCAGUGGCGUGUAGGACUAUCGCACUGAACCACACACAUCAGUCCUCUCAUUGUGUCUGGGCCGAAGUCUUGUGUUGAAGAUGUCUCAUGUCUGGAUGUGUCUGGAUUCAGGGGUCAAGUGUUCUGCCAUAAACUUGUUGUUCUAUUUAGCGUGCAAAGAAAUGGUACUGUAUGUAAGUAAUGGCUGUUGUAUAGUUACUGUAUGAGUGGCAGUUUAAUUAGAACUAUUGAAUUUGACCUCAGUUAUGCACUGAUGUUGUGUUUACAGAAUGACCUUUGCAUUGAACACACACUGUAUGUUAAAGUCUAACUUUCCCUGUUUGAAAUUUCCCUAUAUCAGCAGGAGCCUCAGCUUCCCACUGGGACAGAUGUGUGACUGAGCGAUCAUGACUGUUCAGUACAUUGGUACCUGCUCUGUAUUCUGGAGCCAUCUCUCUCUUCAGUGGGGGGGUGAACAGAGUUCUGUUGAUCAAGUGUGUCUGAUUCACACUAAACUGUCUUAUGCAGUAUCUAUUUUUGGGAAGGGGGUGUUUCAUAAAUAAAAAUGAAAGACAA